CAUCACAAAACAUGAUUUGUCAUCUUACGAGGAUAGAUAAAAAUCAUCAAAGAAUUAAAAAAAUGCGUAACUCCAUCAGAAAUCUCAUCACAUGCAAAGGAGGAGAAGGCAAACAAAAUUUCAAGGUACUGAAAUUGAUCAGAAUCACAAACACAAUUCAAAACUGUCUACCACGGGAAAGGAAAAUAAAUGGAA